AGAACAGACGUGCGCUCGACUACAUAAAAUAACAACGAAACAUGCCGAACUGUGUAUUUUAUAAAACCGUGUUAACACUUAACUCUUCAUGUGAAAUUUUUCUAGUUAUCUAAAAUAUAGUGCUAUAUAAUAAGUGAUUAAAAAGUGAAGAAAUAUAUGUAGAAAAUUAAUAUAAGUCAUAUAAAAAGUUUCAGUAAUAGAUAAUAAACAUUUUCGUUAGAGAUAUUCUUUGUAUGAUGAUGACCUUUCGAUGGGUUUGUUUAAAAUCGAUUGAUCUAAGAUCAGUUUUCUGUAUGAAUAUAACUUAAAUAAGAUAAAAAUAAACCGUGCGUCUCGCAGGAUCCUUAAUAUAUGAAGUGGCAUUAAUUUUAAAAGCCGAAAGUGUCAUUUGGUUAUUUGUCAACGAGUUAAUUACGGACGAGAAUAAAUGUUGACUGAUUUAGUGGGGAAAGGUGGGCUUGUUACAGUUGAGACAUGAUGCUAUUGGAUCAUUUAGUUUAAAAAGCAAAUAAAAAACUAAGGGAAAAAGUGACAAUGUAAAGUAGUGAAAAUUUAUUAAUAACUAGUUAAUUAUUAAGUGAUAUUUGACAAGGAAUUGAAUUUAUGAAGAUUAAAAUGGCAGAUAAUUGGAAGAGGAUGCUGCGGCAUUCAAAUGUGUUGAAUGCUAUACUUUUAUUCAUCACAAUGAUAUAUGAAGCCGGUGGGUUCCGUACCAUGGAACUCCGGAUCACACCACGGGUCGUUCAACGAGGAAGAAACGUCACAAUGGCGUGCAUACAUCAAGUAGACGACAGUGAAAUAUACUCCGUACAGUGGUACAGGGGUACGCAGGAGUUCUAUAGAUAUACACCAUUAGAAUCUCCUACGACUAGAGUUACCCCCGUUAGUGGGGUUAAAGUUGAUAGACUUAAUUCGAACGAGACACAUGUAGUAUUACUACGUGUUACUCCGAUUCUCAGCGGGAACUAUAGUUGCGAAGUUAUACAAAAUGCUCACACCUUCCCUCACUACACCGCUACGGGGAGGCUUGAUGUUGUUGGUAUAGGAGGUCUACGAGCUACGGAGCUACGAAUCUCUCCACCGGUCGUACAACGCGGGUCUGACGCUACGCUUGCCUGCCUCUACGAGCUCACUGACGCCCCCCUCUACUCCGUCAAAUGGUACAGGGGGAGACACGAGUUCUACCGAUACUCGCCUACAGAACAACCCGCUACCAAGAUAUUCCCAUUCGCCGGAAUUAACGUUGAUCUGGCCAGAUCUAAUCAAAGCCAAGUGGUGCUGACGCGGGUGAGUUUUGGUCUCUCUGGGAACUUCAGCUGUGAGGUGACAGCCGAUGCGCCGUCCUUUGCAACAUCUAUUGUGUCCAACAAUAUGGAGGUUGUUGUAUUACCUCCAUCUUCUCCUGUGAUCCACACAAGUCAACAUUACUACAUGCCUGGAGAUAUCCUGCGAGCUAACUGUACUUCGGGUCCGAGUCGCCCGCCUUCCGAACUCACGUUUUACGUCAAUGAUAUACCGGUUUCCCCUGGUAUGUAUAACGUGCAACCGGCAGCGGAGGGACUGUUCCGUUCAGAACAAUACGUCCAGAUACAACUAUGGCCGGCUCAUUACGAACGCGGCGCUCCCAUACUGCGCUGCGAGGCCAAGCUCGGAGAACUUUAUAGAGAUAAUUCAGCUGUCGCACUCUAUUCAGCUAACAGUGAUCCUAAAAUUGAACGAGUGACGUCACCAGGUUCCGCGGCCAAGCUGCAAACGUGCCAAGUCCUUCUAUUGCUAUACAUUGUCGUAUGGGUUAACUUGAAAUAAAUAUAGAAUUGUAUAAAAUAGUUUAAUUUAUUAGUUGUGUAAAUCAGAUCGAGGUAAUGUGAAGUUGAAUUUAUAGUUAAUUGUACCUAAAGACGAGCUGAUAUACCAAAGAAUGUAAGACUAAGAUUAUUGUUGAUUUAAUACAAAUUAUACGUCGGA